AUUGGGACUGUUUGAAUUUUUUAAUCAGUUUUGACGUAUUAUAUUUUCCCUCGUGGCUUUGACUUUUUAGCCAAGCAAAUAUGUCAUGUCAAGUCACCCGUUCAAGGUAUGAACAAAGGUGAAAGAGUGAAACAGAAGUUCGAGCAAAAGUCCUUACCGGAGCAGGUUGUCUUUCGCCGGGUGUCACCUGAUCCCCUCGCCGUCAUGAGUCGCGUGUUGGCGGGUAAUAGACACCGGGGAGACUCGGUGUCGUCCAACUGGACCGCAACACGUCGCCUCGUCUUCCCCCAAGAGAGACUUCUUCCCCUCCUUCCUUUUUAAAAAUCCGUAUCGAGCUUGGAAAACGGAGUCUCUUCACCAAGUCUGCCGAAACAUGCGCUCGCUUGCCGGGCUUGCUGCCACUGUGGCGGCCGCAACCGUCUACCUCUACCUGCUCUCGACUCACCUUCCGCCCGCAGGCGACCACCUCCGGUCGGCCACUCAGGGAGGGGACGAGCCGGUGGAGCACUACUACAAGUUGAAGUUCCCGUCAGAUCUUGACGAACUACGUGAGCUAGCGGAGAUGCUGAAGUACUACAAGCGAGAACAUCACAGCUAUGUUCUGCUGCUCUUCUGCAGCGCUUACCUCUAUAAGCAGUCCUUUGCUAUUCCUGGUUCCUCCUUCCUGAACAUGCUAGCCGGUGCAAUAUUCGGACCCUGGGAGGGUCUGGCUUUGGCUUGCCUGCUCACCACCACCGGCUCCACGUUCUGCUACCUCCUCUCAUCCGCAUUCGGGAAGCAGCAUGUGGUCCGGAUCUUCCCGGAGAAGGUGGCCCUGCUGCAGAGGAAGGUAGAGGAAAACCGUAGCAGUCUGUUCUUUUUCCUCCUCUUCCUCCGUUUCUUCCCUAUGACUCCUAACUGGUUCCUUAACAUCACCUGUCCUGUCCUCAACAUCCCCAUGUCCAUUUUCUUCUUCUCUGUCUUCAUAGGUUUGAUUCCCUACAACUUCAUCUGUGUGCGGACGGGAGCCAUUCUAUCCGAAAUCCACUCCCUGGAUGACAUCUUCUCAUGGGGGACGUUGGCUCAGCUGCUGGCCAUCGCGCUGGUGGCGCUGGUCCCCGGGGCAAUCAUCAAGCGUUACAGUCAAGCUCACCUCAAGGUGGGCGACAUGGACGGCGCUCAGACGGAUCGCAAGAGACGAUGACUGCAAGGAGGAACCAUCAAGAGGACAUUCUUGGUCCACCGUUGACCGUUCUCUUGUCGCCUCAGCCAGGACACUUACCAAGACCUGACAAUGACCACAAUAUUAGGAACACAUCAUGGAGACAGAUCAGUGUAGUUGGGAGCAGAUGAAUCGUGAUAUCCACUCCAGUCUUGUAGGUGUUAGCAAUAAGCAAGUCUUUUUUUAACCAUUGCUCCAUCUGCUGGCUGUGGUGGCUCACUGCAUCACUUUGCCCCAAUAAACAUCUUAGUCUUAGGUCACGGAAAACACCAUUUUUGUUGUUGUAUUGUAUUUGAUUACACCGGGCAUGUGUACCUAAUAAAGUGACUCUUCAGGAUUUUAGAGCGACAUCACGUUAAAAUGAACAUCCAUCACAUUUUUACCAAAGCUACAGAGAUGUGUUUACAUACGUAUUUUUUUGUUUCUUGUAAAUGUUUCCUUCCUUUGCCAUGUUUUGAUUCUUUUUUUUCCGUUUGCUUCCUGAAGCACUUAAAAUGUCUUAAAUGGAGUAGUCUGAAUUCACCUUUGAAUCUGUUGUUACAGGUUGCCAUGGUGCCAAAGCAUCUGUUAUGUUGUUACUACUGAGUGUCGAUGCGUGUCUGAGGAUGAGAGAUUGUUGUUCUCUUCUUCUUUGACCAAAUUUUUUUUAAUGUAUGUUUAAGAAGGCUGUAGUGAAUCUUGCCUUUUUGCUGCUGUUUUGAUUUUGUUGAUUUUUAUUUUUUGUGCCUUCUUACAGUCAGAGUUGACCUUGUUGGGAGAAA